AUGGAGAAGCAAAGGGUGAUCCUUGCCAUUCUGCUCCUUUUCCUCCUCAUUAGCGUGCAAACAUUCCGGUGUGAAAGUAUCAAACUGGAAAGGGUCCCCUCUGAUAGGGAAUCCGUUAGGGGAUCGAUACCAAACAAAAUAAAAAAAUAUGAGGGGAGUAAACUCGUACUGGUGAGUAACCUACCAGAUCUGUCGAUUACACAUGGGGAGUUUUUUCGCAUUCUGGACGGGGAAGAGGGUCACCAUGUAGGGAAGUUCGUUCGCCUCGGCAGUGGUGGUGACACUGAUGCGCUGCUGCCGGAGGAUCCUGCCUUCUACGACGGACUGGUGAUCAUCCUCGAUGUCUUGGACGACCAAGUGGUCAAAUCUCUAACCACCAAGUAUGUGAACAGCUUCAGAGAAAAGAAGAAAAACGUUUUUUUAAGUCUCAACAGUGUAAACGGGAAAAGCGGGAUGCAGUUCUUAGCACAGCUGCAUAUUCAGGUGCAUGGAGGUGGGUCCUACGUGAAGGACCCCUUUGGAACUGCAUCACGAAAGGGGGUGAACAUGCCUAAGGAAGGAGUCAACCGGGGGUACGCCUUCUACACAGGAGAAAUAAUACGAGACACGCCAAUCGUUGUUAACCCUUCCGUGGGGGACAGAAGGAAACGUUUACUCUUCCAAGGAACAGCGCAUGUCAUGAUGGGAAAAACAAAGCACAUUCUCGAAGUCGUAACGUGCACACAGACAUGUCUGCUGUACGACAAAAAUGGCAACGUGGUGAAAAAGGCAAAACAGGGAACGGACUUAUCUUUAGUGUCUUCCAGCCAGUGGGACAAUAACUCAAGAUGUGUUUUCUCAUCGUCAAGUGAGAUUUUCUCGGACCUUUUUUUUCACACAAAUGGAGAAAAUAAAAAAUUCGCUCAGGAGAUAGUUGCGUGGAAUUUUAAAAAGAGCGGCAUCGUCCGGUACGAUAAGUUUAAACUGUACAAGGAGGGAGGCAAAAUGGGCCACACGGCGGGUGACCUAUUAGGGGGUGACCUGCUAGGGGGUGACCUCUCACGGGGAGACCGCAUAGGGGCCACUCCCUUUUUCGCGAAUGACCUUAUCCACCUAUCGAUCGACCUCUACGAACUGAAGAGCAGCUGCUGGGUCCCCCUCAAACGGAGGGACAUUCAGUACGAACUCGUCAAAAUGGAAAUUCACAGAAGAGAUUUUUUAAACCGAUACCAAAAUGCGGACUGUCCAACUUACUACAAGAAUUUCCAUUUGCCAAACGAACAUGGUGUGUAUAAAAUAAAAAUAUAUUUCCGCAGAAAAGGAUACAACGUUUUAAAUUUGUAUUUUUUCCUCCCCGUUCGAUCUCCUCUACAUUAUGAUAAAAACAAAAAAGUGCCCUUUUCCUUUUAUCCAUUUUAUACGUACAUUUAUCUGUCUCUUUUUUGUUUUUUUUUUUUCAUUCUGAUCAUUCUGUUUGACGAUUCGGGGGGGCCCUCGGAGGAUAGCGCUGGACAGAGCCACGACAAGAAGGAAAAAAUGGACUAG